CACCAACUCGGCCUCCCAAAGUGUUGGGAUUAGAGGUGUGAGUCACUGUGCCCAGCCAUGGGCUCACUCUUGGAGUUGUACGUUCUGUAGGUCUGGACAAAUGUAUAAUGAUAACGACAUGGACCCACCACUGUAGUACCCUACAGAGUCAUGUUACUGCCCUAGGAAUUGUCUGUGCUCCACCGAUUCACCACUUCUCCCCAACCCUUGGCCCCCACUGACCCUUUCUUUCACUGUCUUCCUGUCUCCAUACUUUUGCCUUUUCCAGAAUGUUAGUCAGAAUCACACAGUGUAGCAUCCCCAGAGUGGCUGCUACUGCUUUUUUUUUUUCUUUUUCCCACAUGUUCCAACAGUGUAGCUUCUUUCAUUCCUCCCUCCUUUUGAGCAAACUUACUUGUAACCUCAUCAUCAUUUCCAGGUCACAAAUGAAGACACCAAGGCACAGAGAGGUGACUCAGCCUGCCCUCAGUCAUCUAUCUGGUAAGUGGCAGGGCCGGGGUACAAGCCCAGGGCCCCAGUUCUCAUCCACUGGGCCCCUGCAUUCGUAUGAUCAUUGCCACCAUCCAGGAACAAAUGGCCCUUCCAGUCUGUUCUCAGAGGCCAGGCCAGUGGGCCACCCAAAGGCUGAGGAAAGAGGAAGAGGGGAUCCCUGACCCCGUUCCUGGGGGCUUGCUCACCUGUCCCAGGCUGCUGGAUGGAGGGCACGGGAGGCAGCAGGUUCAGGCCCUCUCUUCACAGCUCCUGGAUGUGAUCCCCGACUCCAUGAGGAAGCAAGAGGUGCGGACGGGCAGGGAGGCCGGCCAGGGCCACGGCACGGGCUCCCCAGCCGAGCAGGUGAAAGCCCUCAUGGAUCUGCUGGCUGGGAAGGGCAGUCAAGGCUCCCCGGCCCCGCAGGCCCCAGAGAGGACACCGGACGCCCCGCUGGGGCCCUGCAGCAAUGACUCCAGGAUACAGAGGCACCGCAAGGCCCUGCUGAGCAAGGUGGGAGGUGGCCCGGAGCUGGGCAGACCCUGGCACAGGCUGGCCUCCCUCCUGCUGGUGGAGGGCCUGACGGACCUGCAGCUGAGGGAACACGACUUCACGCAGGUGGAGGCCACCCGCGGGGGCGGGCGCCCCGCCAGGACCGUUGCCCUGGACCGGCUCUUCCUGCCUCUCUCCCGGGUGUCUGUCCCACCCCGGGUCUCCAUCACCGUCGGGGUGGCUGGCAUGGGCAAGACCACCCUGGUGAGGCACUUCGUCCGCCUCUGGGCCCAUGGGCAGGUCGGCAAGGACUUCUCGCUGGUGCUGCCUCUGACCUUUCGGGAUCUCAACACCCACGAGAAGUUGUGUGCCGACCGACUCAUCUGCUCAGUCUUCCCGCAUGUCAGGGAGCCCAGCCUGGCAGUGGCAGUCCCAGCCAGGGCCCUCCUGAUCCUGGACGGCUUGGAUGAGUGCAGGACGCCUCUCGACUUCUCCAACACCGUGGCCUGCACGGACCCCAAGAAGGAAAUCCCGGUGGACCACCUGAUCACCAACAUCAUCCGCGGCAACCUCUUUCCGGAAGUUUCCAUCUGGAUCACCUCCCGUCCCAGUGCAUCUGGCCAGAUCCCGGGGGGCCUGGUGGACCGGAUGACGGAGAUCCGGGGCUUUAACGAGGAGGAGAUCAAGGUGUGUUUGGAGCAGAUGUUCCCCGAGGACCAGGCCCUCCUGGACUGGAUGCUGAGCCAAGUGCAGGCUGACAGGGCCCUGUACCUGAUGUGCACCGUCCCAGCCUUCUGCAGGCUCACGGGGGCGGCGCUAGGCCACCUGUGGCGCAGCAGGACGGGGCCCCAGAAUGCAGAGCUGUGGCCCCCGAGGACCCUGUGCGAGCUCUACUCAUGGUACUUUAGGAUGGCCCUCAGCGGGGAGGGGCAGGAGAAGGGCAAGGCAAGCCCUCGCAUAGAGCAGGUGGCCCAUGGUGGCCGCAAGAUGGUGGGGACAUUGGGCCGGCUGGCCUUCCAUGGGCUGCUCAAGAAGAAAUACGUGUUUUACGAGCAAGACAUGAAGGCGUUCGGUGUAGACCUCGCUCUGCUGCAGGGUGCCCCGUGCAGCUGCUUCCUGCAGAGGGAGGAGACGCUGGCAUCGUCGGUGGCCUACUGCUUCACCCACCUGUCCCUGCAGGAGUUUGUGGCAGCCGCAUAUUACUAUGGCGCAUCCAGGAGGGCCAUCUUCGACCUCUUCACUGAGAGCAGUGUAUCCUGGCCCAGGCUGGGCUUCCUCACGCAUUUCAGGAGCGCAGCCCAGCGGGCCAUGCAGGCAGAGGACGGGAGGCUGGAUGUGUUCCUGCGCUUCCUCUCCGGCCUCUUGUCUCCGAGGGUCAAUGCCCUCCUGGCCGGCUCCCUGCUGGCCCAAGGCGAGCACCAGGCCUACCGGACCCAGGUGGCUGAGCUCCUGCAGGGCUGCCUGCGCCCCGAUGCCGCAGUCUGUGCACAGGCCAUCAACAUCCUGCACUGCCUGCAUGAGCUGCAGCACACAGAGCUGGCCCGCGGCGUGGAGGAGGCCAUGGAGAGCGGGGCCCUGGCCAGGCUGACCGGUCCCGCGCACCGCGCUGCCCUGGCCUACCUCCUGCAGGUGUCCGACACCUGUGCCCAGGAGGCCAACCUGUCCCUGAGCCUUAGCCAGGGCGUCCUUCAGAGCCUGCUGCCCCAGCUGCUCUACUGCCGGAAGCUCAGGCUGGACACCAACCAGUUCCAGGACCCCGUGAUGGAGCUGCUGGGCAGCGUGCUGAGUGGGAAGGACUGUCGCAUUCAGAAGAUCAGCUUGGCGGAGAACCAGAUCAGUAACAAAGGGGCCAAAGCUCUGGCCAGAUCCCUCUUGGUCAACAGAAGUCUGACCUCUCUGGACCUCCGCAGUAACUCCAUUGGACCACAAGGGGCCAAGGCACUGGCAGACGCUUUGAAGAUCAACCGCACCCUGACCUCCCUGAGCCUCCAGGGCAACACCGUCAGGGAUGAUGGUGCCAGGUCCGUGGCUGAAGCCUUGGCCUCCACCCGGACCCUCUCCAUGCUGCACCUGCAGAAGAACAGCAUCGGGCCCAUGGGAGCCCAGCAGAUGGCAGAUGCCUUGAAGCAGAACAGGAGUCUGAAAGAGCUCAUGCUCUCCAGUAAUAGUAUUGGUGAUGGAGGUGCCAAGGCCCUGGCUGAGGCCCUGAAGGUGAACCAGGGCCUAGAGAGCCUGGACCUGCAGAGCAAUUCCAUCAGUGACGCAGGAGUGGCAGCACUGAUGGGGGCCCUCUGCACCAACCAGACCCUCCUCAGCCUCAGCCUUCGAGAAAACUCCAUCAGUCCCGAGGGAGCCCAGGCCAUCGCUCAUGCCCUCUGCGCCAACAGCACCCUGAAGAACCUGGACCUGACAGCCAACCUCCUCCACGACCAGGGUGCCCGGGCCAUCGCAGUGGCAGUGAGAGAAAACCGCACCCUCACCUCCCUUCACCUGCAGUGGAACUUCAUCCAGGCCGGCGCUGCCCAGGCCCUGGGACAAGCACUACAGCUCAACAGGAGCCUCACCAGCUUAGAUUUACAGGAGAACGCCAUCGGGGAUGACGGAGCGUGUGCGGUGGCCCGUGCACUGAAGGUCAACACAGCCCUCACCGCUCUCUAUCUCCAGGUGGCCUCAAUUGGUGCUCCGGGCGCCCAGGUGCUAGGGGAAGCCUUGGCUGUGAACAGAACCUUGGAGAUUCUCGACUUAAGAGGAAAUGCCAUUGGGGUGGCUGGAGCCAAAGCCCUGGCAAAUGCUCUGAAGGUAAACUCAAGUCUCCGGAGACUCAAUCUGCAAGAGAAUUCCCUGGGGAUGGACGGGGCGAUAUGCAUUGCCACAGCACUGUCUGGAAACCACAGGCUCCAGCAUAUCAAUCUCCAGGGAAACCACGUUGGAGACUCCGGGGCCAGGAUGAUCUCAGAGGCCAUCAAGACAAAUGCUCCCACAUGCACUGUUGAAAUGUGAGCAAAAGGA